CCCCGCCGCGUCCUGCUUCCGGCCGCCCUCUCCGGGUCGGAGUCCGGCGGCUGCAGGGCGGAUGAGACCAGUGCGACUCAUGAAGGUGUUCGUUACCCGUAGGAUCCCCCCCGAGGGCAGGGCCGCGCUUGCCCGGGCCGCAGACUGUGAGGUGGAGGACUGGGAUUCAGACGAGCCCAUCCCUGACAAGGAGCUGGAGCGAGGUGUGGCUGGGGCCCACGGCCUGCUUUGCCUCCUGUCUGACCGCAUAGAUAAGAGGCUCCUGGACGCUGCAGGAGCCAAUCUCAAAGUAAUCAGCACACUGUCCGUGGGUGUUGACCACUUGGCUUUGGAUGAAAUCAAGAAACGUGGGAUUCGCGUGGGCUACACCCCAGAUGUCCUGACAGAUGCCACAGCAGAACUCGCUGUCUCCCUGCUGCUCACCACCUCUCGCCGGUUGCCAGAGGCCAUCGCGGAAGUGAAGAAUGGCGGCUGGACCUCAUGGAAGCCCCUGUGGAUGUGUGGCUAUGGACUCACACAGAGCACCGUUGGCAUCAUUGGCCUGGGGCGUAUAGGCCAAGCCAUUGCUCGGCGCCUGAAACCAUUCGGAGUACAUAGAUUUCUAUAUACAGGGCGCCAACCCAGGCCUCAGGAAGCAGCAGAAUUCCAGGCAGCAUUUGUGUCUGCCCCCCAGCUGGCCGCCGAGUCUGAUUUCGUCAUUGUGGCCUGCUCCUUAACACCUGCAACCAAGGGGCUCUGCAACAAGGGCUUUUUCCAGCAGAUGAAGAAAACAGCUGUGUUUGUCAACAUCAGCAGGGGAGACGUGGUGGACCAGGAGGACCUGUACCAGGCCUUGGCCAGUGGUCAGAUUGCCGCUGCCGGACUGGAUGUGACAACCCCAGAACCACUGCCUGCAAGCCACCCUCUCCUGACCCUGAAGAACUGUGUGAUCUUGCCCCACAUUGGCAGUGCCACCCAUGGAACCCGAAACACCAUGUCCCUGUUAGCAGCUAACAACUUGCUGGCGGGCCUGAGAGGGGAGCCGAUGCCCAGUGAAUUCAAGCUGUAGCCAGACAGCAGAUGUGGAGGGCCAGGCAGCAACCAGCGCCCCUGGACUCUGUCGGAUGCACCCUGGAUUGACAGAAGCUGGGCAGGAAGGCCGAUCUAUGCUGAUAUUAUGGAAGAAGGCUGGUGCUGAUAGAUAGUUGCCACUCUGUGGUUGGAAACAUCUGAGCCAAAAACAUAUAAUUCCAAUAAAUAAUUCUCUCGCAGAC